AUGUACCACUCCCAAAUACAAUCCUACCCAAACCUAACCCCCUCCGAAUUCGCCGAAGCAGCCCACCACCUCGACAGCCUCUACAGCCGCGCCACCCUUGGUCCUUUGCGACGCCAAUGGAAGCUGCGCGUGCGCUCGGCCCUCAACACCCACUUUGUUUCUCCUUCGGAUCCGGAAUAUAGCACGUUUGUGCAGAUUACCAGGCCGCUGGAAGUGGAUUUGGAUGAUGAUGGGUUGUCGGACUUUUUGGAUGGGUUGAGUUUUGAUGGGCCUGGGACUGGGCCGGUGGUGAGGGAUGAGGGGAUGGGGAUGGGAGGGUUUGGGGGUGACAGUGGGAUGGAGGUUGAGGAUGAUGAUGAGGCCAUGAUUUUACCUUCUAAGAAGCAACAAAAGACAACAUACGGCUAUGUCACAUACGAAAUACACCUUCAUCCGACAUAUCAAGCGCCAUGCUUGUGGUUUUCAUUAAACGGACUACCCGCCGACGAACCAGCUUUCAACAUCGACACCGUCUUCCGACGUCUCGUACCCGAUCAGUUCAAAGAUGGACUUCGCCGCGCCGUCGGUAGUGUGGGUGGUAUUUCAGCUGAUUAUCAUCCCAUCACUGGCGUUCCCACCUUCUUCGUCCACCCUUGUCUCCUCGGCGAGGCCAUGUCGACCUUUGAGAAUAAUGUCUCGAUCGAGAACUACCUGAUGGUUUGGCUUGGACUCGUCGGCGGCUGUGUCGGCCUUUGGAUUCCCAAGGAGAUGGCCAUGGAGCCUUCUUCUUCUUCCGCCUGA